CCAUCAAUUCAACCAUAUAGUAUGGGCCUCUUUCUCUCUCAUUUUCAGUUGAAACGAUUGCAAGCACUUUAGCUUCACCAAUCACCACCAUGGAUUCCGAAUCAGUGAUUGAGUUCCUGGGCUGCGUUCCUCUGCUUCAGAGGCUUCCCAGCUCCUCUCUCAAGAAAGUCGCCCGGGUCGUCAUUUUGAAGCACUACGAUAGUGGAGAGUAUGUUGUUCGUGAAGGUGAAACCGGAGAUGGGGUUUACUUCAUAUGGGAUGGAGAGGCUGAAGUUACUGGUUCUGUUAAUGCUGAUGAAGGAAAUCGACCUGAGUUCAAAUUGAAACGAUACGAUUAUUUUGGUUAUGGUUUUGCAGCAUUGGAACAUCAGGCUGAUGUGAUUGCUUUAUCUAAGUUGACAUGCUUGGUGCUGCCCCAUGAACACUGUACUCUUCUGCAGCCAAAAUCAAUCUGGAAUGCUGAUAAAGCUCAUGAUACAUGCUCUCUUGUUGAGAAUAUAUUGCAUUUGGAACCAAUUGAAGUAAACAUAUUUAAGGGGAUUACUUUGCCAGAUGCACCAAGAUUCGGACAGGUUUUUGGAGGACAGUUAGUUGGACAGGCAUUGGCUGCAGCAACGAAAACUGUUGAUUGUCUUAAACUUGUCCAUAGUUUGCAUGCGCAUUUUCUGCUUGUUGGAGAUUUUAACACACCAAUUAUAUAUCAAGUUCACAGAGUACGUGAUGGGAAGAGCUUUGCUACUCGAAGAGUGGACGCAAUACAAAAAGGGAUUAACAUUUUCACGAUACUGGCUUCAUUUAAAAAAGAAGAAGAAGGGUCUGUCCAUCAGGAAGCAAAAAUGCCAUCUGUGCCUGAUCCAGAUAGGCUUCUGUCAAUGGAAGAAUUACGUGAAAAACGUCUGCUUGAUCCGCGUCUUCCAAGGAUUUACCGAAUCAAGGCAGCUGCAAAGAAAUUUGUCCCUUGGCCUAUAGAGAUACGAUUUUGUGAGCCUAGCAGCUCAACCAAUCAGACUAAAUCCCCACCAAGUUUGAGGUUCUGGUUUAGAGCAAAAGGAAAACUUUCAGAUGAUCAGGCUUUGCAUAGAUGUGUUGUAGCAUAUGCUUCAGAUUUGAUAUUUUCUGGUGUAAGUUUGAAUCCCCAUCGUAGAAGAGGAGUUAAGUCAUCCCAAGUUAGUUUGGACCACGCGAUGUGGUUUCACCGCCCAGUUAGAGCUGAUGACUGGUUACUCUAUGUGAUAGUAAGUCCCAUUGCCUAUAAUGCACGCGGAUUUGUUUCAGGCCAAAUGUUUAAUAGAAAUGGAGAGCUCAUUGUUUCAUUGACUCAAGAGUCCCUGAAUAGGCCAAUUAGACCAAUUUCUGCUCCGACAUCUAAGUUGUGAGCUGGUGUUGCAGUAUCCCAUGGCACCUAAAAGCACGGCCGGCGAUCAUGUCCUGGUGAACCAGUUUUAGUUCAGGUUCCGGGUUUCUGCCCCGGGUUUUACAGCUAAAUAGAAUAAUGGAAUCAUAGUAUUUGUUAUCAAAAUGCUUGCAAGAAGUGUGUACUUUCAAUUCUGUUAAGAUGUAGCCGUUGCCCAGAUUGCUGACAUUGUCAGCCUCCGAACUGUAGUCCUUGGCCUAAGCAUCAUAAAUGAACUAAAGAAUGUUUUUACAGUUUUAUGGAGUGAAAUUAAAUGUGUAA